AUGCCACCAAAAGCAGCUAAAAGGGUCUCAGACAAAAAGCCCAACGCUUCUGGAGCCGCAGUUGUCAGUAAGAACUGGGAGGCUGGACUCACCAGAGCACCGUUUGAAGAGGAGUCAUGGCAAGGCUGUGUGUCUUUGGUGGUCGGGAGUAGUCCCGAGGAGGAGGAGGAGCUGACCCAGGCUUUGUCUUUGGCCAUAAAGAAACCACAACGCAAACUUUUCAACUUGUUGACCUGGGAUAGCACCCUUACCAAGAUCCAUGAACUGGGGAAUCUCAAAGCAAAACGGCAUGAUGACGUCCCCAUGUUCUAUGAGGUUACAGAGCCUGCUAAGGUGCUGCUGGAUGCAGGAGAGGAGAUUCCUUGUGACCUGAUGGCAAAUAUACUGAAGUUCCAGCUACUACAGAUCAAAGCCCAUGAUCAGCUUCUGCCAGUGGAGAUUUCAACAGAGCAGUAUUUGUCACGUGCGACUGAGGAGCCCAAACUUCACGAUGGUCCCGGGUUAGACUUUGAGCUGGUCAGCUUCAUGCUCCAAAGCUUCCUGCCUCUGGUCCACACCGAAGAGGAGAGAAGCCACAUGUUAAAAAGCUUGCUGACUACUGCACAAAAUGAAGAAGACCAGAAGGUAUAG